CGUUCCUCUCCUCCGUUUUGCGCUCGGCCUGCGCAGGCGCAAGCCCGGAAGAUGGCGGCAGCUGGAGCGGGCCGUCUCAGGCGGGCGGCCUCGGCCCUGCUGCUGCGGAGCCCGCGCCUACCUGCCCGGGAACUGUCGGCUCCGGCCCGGCUCUAUCACAAGAAGGUUGUUGAUCAUUAUGAAAAUCCUAGAAAUGUGGGGUCCCUUGACAAGACGUCAAAAAAUGUUGGAACUGGAUUGGUGGGGGCUCCAGCAUGUGGUGAUGUAAUGAAAUUGCAGAUUCAAGUGGAUGAAAAGGGGAAGAUUGUAGACGCCAGGUUUAAAACAUUUGGCUGUGGGUCUGCUAUUGCCUCCAGCUCAUUAGCCACUGAGUGGGUGAAAGGGAAGACGGUGGAGGAAGCCUUGACCAUCAAGAACACAGACAUCGCCAAAGAGCUCUGCCUCCCCCCCGUGAAACUGCACUGCUCCAGGUCCUGCCCAGAGCCCCUUGGGGCUCCCAGGUGCUCGACCAUGAUGACGUGCGCACCUUUCUGAGCAGACCGGACAGUAAAGACCAUGGACAGAGCUGGCCAGACGUGUGUCACGUUCUGUGGAAUGGGGGCGAAGGGGAAAGGAGAGAGCCAUCUCUUUUCAUUGUGCUUUGCAAAAUAAUAGAUGAUUGACAAGUCAACAGGAGUCCGGAAGAUUCUUUUUGUAAUUUCACUGGUUUGUGAAAUGCUAAAAGCUGAGAAACACUGGCUCUGACAAUCCCCUGAAGCUACAGAGCAGCUGGGGGGGCGGGGUGCAGCCUGUGUCUGCGCAGCGCCUGACUGCCGGUGGUGGCCUUGUGGCCUUCCAGUAGAGGGGUGGAGUUGGCCGGCCCCGUGCCGGCAUGAACCGUGCUCUCGGGGGAGGCAAGAGAUGCGGAGCCAGAGCCACGGCCCAAGCCCUGGUAGCAGCGGGGCCGCCCUCCAGCACUGCGGACUCUGCGGGCCCUCGCGUCUGGCAAGCCAUGAAGUACGUGGAGCGUCAGGCACAGCAAGCUUGGCAGAGUCCACCGAAAUCCGCCUUCAAUAGGGCCCUGUGGACAUGGGGCUGGACCCCGAAGGACAGAACGGGAAGAGCACGAACACAGGCAUACACCCUCCCGCCACUCGAGGAGAAAGACAAGCUGCUCGCCUACCGAUGAUGCUUUUCGAAUCACCCUGACGGCAGGAUCUCCGUCUCCAGCAGCCAGAAAGGACAGAGCUGAAGAUUUUCUAGAAGGCUAAGCUAAAAAAAUGAAGAGGAUGCAUUUGAAGUCCUUACUAGUUUAUGUAUAGAGGCACCAGCUUUUUAUACUAAAACGCCUCAGCCACAAACCUUAAAAAUGAUUUAGCACAGGCCACAUCAAAAGCCUUGGUGUCUAUUUCUUUGUAUGAGAUUUUCAGAUUACAGACUAUUUGGAGAUUAAUACUCAAUAAUUAUGGAUAAAUACAUACAAUUUGAAUAGAAA